AUGAACUAUAAGCAUUUUCUUUUCAUUCUUCGUGCCUUACGAUUUGCUGAUGUCGGAACACGGGAUGACAGAAGAAAGAGUGAUAAAUUAGCUCCAAUAAGAGAUUUGUUUGAAAAUUUUGUCCAGAAUUGUCAGAAAUUAUAUCAUGUAGGGGAAUACGUGACUUUGGAUGAAAAGCUAGAACCUUUUCAAGGACGAUGCCCCUUUUGGCAGUAUAUGCCAAAGAAACCUGCAAGAUAUGGUAUAAAAAUAUUUACUGUGGUUGAUUUUAGAGCCUUUUAUACUUUCAACAUGGAAAUUUACUCAGGUCAGCAGCCAGAUGGUAUAUACGAGAAAAUCAACAGUUCUUAUGAAAAAGGAAAGUGCAUCCUAGGUCUAUUAUACAAUUCUGGAAAAAACGUUACCACAGACAGUUGGUAUACCAGUCAUGAAUUGGCCAAUUUCUUACAGAAAAAUAAAAUUUCUAUUGUUGCAACAAUAUGCAAGGAUAAGAAGAUUAUCCCACCUGAUUUUGUGUCGAAUAAGAAUAGAGAACAGCAUUCAACUCUCUUGGGGUUUCAAAAGGAUGUAAUGCUACUUUCUUAUAUGGCUGAAAAGAACAAAUGUGUUAACCUUUUGUCAACUAUGCACAAUGAUGACCAUAUUAAUGAAAGCACAGGACAUUUGAAGAAAUCUGAAGUAAUUACGUUUUAUAACAUGAUAAAAGGAGCAGUUGAUAUAGUCGACGAAAUGGGUGGCAUUUAUUCUGUGGCCAGAAUAUCAAACCGAUGGCCUAUGGGCAUAUUUUUUUCACUAUUAAAUGUUGCCGGCAUAAAUUCAAGGAUCUUGCUUUUAUCUAUUAAAACUCCACCAGAGAAGUGCAGGAAUAGGAAACUCUUCUGA